AUGUCAGUUAGAGAAAAUAUAGAAGCUUUUUUCAAGGACCUGAAAAAUCCGUCAGAGGAAAUUAGGCAAAAGGCCGGCCAAGAAUUGUUCACUUUUAUACAAAAUGACCUAAAACCUCUCGUGCAAGAUGAGAUUAACAACGCCGUGGAGUUGAUGUUGGCAGCCAUCAGAGAUAUACUUCAAAAUUCAUCUGAGAAGAAGGGUGCUUUGCUGGCCAUCAACAUGUUAAUGAAAGCCGAGUUAACGAACAACAAUGUACAGCUGCUGAAACUCAGCCCGAGCUUGCAUAGACUAAUUGAUACUCAAGAUUUUUCACUAAUCCGAGCUACCACUGAUACCCUGUGUCAAAUGAUGAUCAUGUCCUCGUCUGCCGACAUGUUUGCCGCAGAGUGCAAUUUUUAUUUUGAUUGGCUGGCCUCGGGCCCGGAGAAUAAAAAAUAUGCUGCUUUACAAAUUAGGGAAUCGGCGGCCAGAGCGUUAGGAAGUGCUCUGAAUGUUGCCUCGAUGAAAUAUUUAAAGAGUGACAACAUCAGAAGACCUGAAUAUUAUAAGAGAUGCUUUGAUGACAUUGAAAAGCCGUAUGAUGAGAUGCUGAGGAAAAAGGUGACUCAAGAUGAUUGGCUGCAUGGUAGCAUGCUUAUCUUUCUCGAACUUCUGAAAUGUUGCAAUGCCAAGGCCGAAAACCUCGCAUCCUUAUAUGGGGAGGGUUACAAGAAGCACUGGAUCCACACCAUGAUGGCUCCAUCUUCUUCAAAGAACGACGCCGAUGAUGAUGACGAUGCCGACGACGGUGAUGAUGAUGAUGACGAGGACCGUGUCGAUGAUGAUGACGAUCACGGCGAUGAAGGUUAUUGCGGUGGUGAUAACGAUCAAAAAACCGGAAGCGGUGGUGCUGGUAAUGAUGACGUCACUGGCGAUGAUGGUGAUGACGACCGCGACGAUGACGACGAUGAUGACGUAUGCGAGAAUGUCUUCGUUAAGGAGUUGAUGGCUGAGAAGAUGACCAGGAUAACCGUAUAUCUUUUGAAAUUGCGCCAAAGUAAAAGUUCAUUCAUCCACUCUUCACUUCUUUCCAUCAUUCCACGGAUUGCAUCUUUCAAUCCUAAUCUCUUCUACACUAACUUCUUGUUGGAGUCUAUGAAGUACCUCUUCAGUAUGUUGAAGGUCAAGGAGUGCAAAUCACGUGCCUUCAUUGCUAUUGGUCAGAUAGCCUUGGCCCUCGGACCACUAAUAAAGAGCCACAAGGAGGCCAUCUUGAGGGAGAUUCAAGCAGCAUUAACCGCUAAAAAGCACAAAAUAGUGACGACGUCUGAAUUGGAGGCGAGCAUAUUCUUCUGCUUCAGCAUGUUGGUGCUGGGCCUGAAUGCUGGGGACGGACUGGUGGUCCUCGAUGAGCUCAAGGGCUACGUAGACUCCAUGGCCAAAUUGGGGUUGAGAACUGCUAUUUCGUCGCUGCGUGGGUCCAUCGUCAGCGUACCCCUCCUAACCUCCAUCGGUAGCCUGCAGACGUGCGGGGUCUCCAUGUCGGCCCAAACGACCUCGCCGAAUUUUUUCCAGAUGAUUUCCGGGCAGAAGCCAGUGGCUAGGCAGGUGACCAGGCAGGUGAUUUCAGAAUGGGUCCCCAAUGUAGGUAUUCUCAAGAUGGCACUUCAUACGCUCAGGAAGUUUGAUUUUGGAGAUAACUCCCUAUUGGACCUUGCCAUGCGCGUACAUGAAAGCUUUCUAUCCAAUGAAGAUAAGGCAGUGAGGAUUGAAUCAAUAAAAACUCUGACGAAAAUUUUUGCUUUCUAUUCGAAUGUCAGACUCCUUUCGGAGAUGGAGUACAGCAAUCAGGAUGGCAGCAAGAUCGUUGCGGCCAAACUGCUAUCCCACCUCUCCAGGUGCACUCCCAGUUUCUUGGAAUCGUACCGCACUUCAAUCCUGGACGCCAUCUUGCCGAAAUUGAGAACCUCCGAAGGUUUGUCGUCUGCCGUGGUUGUUGCCAUGCUGGCCGCCCUCGGUGACUUGGUGCAUGUAUCUGGAGAGCGGAUCGGUGAGUAUAGCGACGCCAUCAUCAACAUACUCAUCAGCAUCAUGCAAGAAACAAUGCAAACAGCCAAACAGGAAGAGGCCCUGAGGACUUUGGGACUGAUUGUAGAGAGUACAGGCUGCGUGGUUGAACCCUACCUCAAAUACCCACAACUCCUCGAAGUCCUUUUACAAUUCUUCAAGACCGAACAAUCCAUCACUACAAGAACUGAGGCGAUAAAAGUGUUGGGGAUCCUGGGGGCUCUGGACCCCUACAAGCACAGGGGGCUGAUCAGUCAGGGAGUUGCCACGGAGUUGGGAGCCGUGUUGAGCAUGUCUGAAAACAAGGGCGAUCAGGACGUCACUAAUCAAGACCUAUCAAUGAACGAGCUUCUAGUCAGUAUGUCCAUGGCAAAUAUGGAUGACUAUUAUCCUGCGUUCUACAAAUGCAUCGCCCUCGCCAUCUCGACGAUAUUCAAAGAAAUGGGACUGAAAUGCGUCCCAUAUCUGAAUCAAGUCGUUCCGGGAUUAACCAAUGGGAUCAAGGGCACGACGGAUUGCACCUAUAGGGAGUUCCUCUUAAGACAGCUUGGAGUUAUAAUAGGUGUUGUAAAGCAGAACAUAAGGCCGUAUCUCUUCGAUGUCUUUGCUCUUGAAUUUUGGUCAACUACUGCCUCAACAUUCUGCACUAUAAUGGACCUUCUAGAGCAGUUAGUGGUCGCCAUAGAAAGUGAAUUUCGCAACUACCUCCCUAAUAUCGUUCCACUGAUUCUACAGAUCCUGGAUAGCGAUGAUUGUGACGUCAUCAAGCAGGAUAGGAUUGUUAUUUCUAGGCUCUUACAAGCGUUGCAGGUGUUCGGCAAGCAUUUGGAGGACUACCUUCACUUCAUACUCCCGACCAUCUGCAGCAUGAUCGAUAACGAGAAGUUGGAUGUGACCGUCAGGGGGAUAGCCAUCGAAACGUUAAGCGCUCUGACGGAUCACUCCGACUUGACAGCUUACGCUUCCAGGAUUUUCCACCCCGCGGCUCGCGCCCUGGCCACGGCGCCCCAGCUGCACGACGUUUUGAUGGACCUCACCACCUUACUGACGCUGAUGGAGCGUGGCGACGAUGGAAUACUGAAGCGGACGAGGCAGCUGAGCAGGUUCACUACAGAUCAGUGGCUGCUGAACAACAUGGCGACCAGCCUCAGUGGUAGUAGUGGUGGUGGUGGUGGUGUGGCUAACAACCACAGCAACAGCUCUAACGCUUGGCUGACGAGUCACAGAGUAACACGCGACGAAUGGUUGGAUUGGCUACGAAGACUCAGUCUUGAGUUAUUAAAAGAAUCACCCUCUCCAGCCCUCCGAGCCCUCUACCCACUCGCCAAUGAUUACAACUUACUGGCCAGGGAUUUGUUUAAUCCCGCUUUUGUGAGUUGUUGGUUGGAGCUGAACGAAACAAAUCAGGAUAGUUUGAUCAACAGUCUCCAGCAUGCCUUCAAGUUUCAAGAUGCUGUUGAAGUCACCCAAGCCAUAUUGAACCUCGCUGAAUUCAUGGAACAUUGUGAAAAUAGUCCUCUGCCGCUGGACCUUAGCAUGUUGAGUGAUUGCGCCGUCCAAUGCAGAGCCUACGCCAAGGCACUGCACUUCAAGGAGGCGGAGUUUUACAAAGGGCCGACCAAUCAGAUUCUCGAAUCUUUAAUCAGCAUAAACAGUAAAAUGCAGCAGCCGGAGGCAGCCAGUGGCGUGUUGGAAUACGUGAGGAAGCAUAAUAAGAGCGAUCUGAGGGUGCAAGAGAGGUGGUAUGAGAAGUUGCACCACUGGGAUAGGGCCCUCAUAGCCUACGACCAACAACAGGAACGGGACCCCGACAACUCUUCCUACCUACUUGGCAGGGUUCGCUGUCUUGAAGCCCUCGGAGAAUGGGGUAAGUUGCACGAAAUAACGACAGAAAAGUGGCCUCUAGUGAAUGAGACUGUGAAGCAGGACAUGGCCCGCAUGUCUGCAACUGCUGCCUGGGGCCUAUGUGACUUCUUCUUUCGCUCCGUCAUCAACCUUCACAACGAUAACUUCAAUGCUGCUCACAAGCUGAUCACUCAAGCUAGGAACCUCCUCAUAACGGAGCUUUCAACCCUUGUUGGAGAAAGUUACAACAGAGCUUACGGGGUGAUGGUAAACGUCCAGAUGUUAUCGGAACUGGACGAGGUUAUAAGCUACAAGGUGGUCCCAGAAAAGAGGGAGAUGAUCAAGGAAAUCUGGUGGAAUAGGAUUAGAGGCUGUCAGGAUAUUCUGGAAGACUGGCAGAAGAUAUUACAAAUCAGAUCAUUGGUCCUUGACCCUCAAGAUGACGUCAGACCUUGGCUCAAGUACGUUGGUCUCUGCAGGAAAAACAACAGAAGCGCUUUGGCUGGGCGAACUUUGACCUCAUUACUGGGCGGUGACCCUUACAAGUUCACUGACGAGAAAUUAAUCGGGUCGAACCCCAAGGUUGUCUUCGCAUAUCUGAAGUACCUUUGGGACGAGGGUGCCGGGAAGAAAGCAAAGCAAGAAGUGGUCAAAUAUUACAAUGAGGCCACCAAACAUAAUAAGGAUUGGGUGAAAGCCUGGCACUCAUUUGCAUAUGCUAAUUACGACGUCCUGUCUACGCUGAAGGAAGCCAAGUCCAACGAAACAAUAUCAGACGAUCCAGUGGCGAACAUCUUAGCUUCAGCAGCAGCAACAGCAGCUACAACUACACCAUCAUCUCCGCUACCAACAACAGCGACAACAACAUCGUCAUCAACAAUAUCAACGACACACUUGAUGGCGGAGCACUGCAAGGCCAGCAUCCGUGGUUUCCUCAAAUCCAUUGCCCUCUCAGAUGCCUGCAGCACCCUCCAGGACAGCCUGCGCAUCCUCACCAUGUGGUUCGAGUACGGAAACAUUCCGGAAGUGAAUGGCGCCCUGGUGGAAGGUGUGAAGACUGUUGCCAUCAACAACUGGAUCCAGGUAAUACCUCAGUUGAUAGCCCGAAUUGACACGCCUCGCCCGCUGGUUGGCCGUCUUGUUAUACAACUCCUAAAAGACAUCGGUAGGCAGCAUCCACAGGCGCUCAUCUAUCCUUUGGUGGUGGUCAGCAAGUCCCAGGUUCAAACGCGCAGUCACGCUGCUAAUGUUGUCCUGAAGAAUAUGAAGGAGCAUAGUAGUGUAUUAGUGCAACAGGCCAUGCUGGUGAGUGAAGAGUUGAUAAGGGUAGCGAUUUUGUGGCAUGAACUUUGGCACGAGGGCUUGGAAGAGGCAUCAAGGUUGUACUUCGGGGACCGUAACAUACCUGCCAUGCUGAACGUCCUGGAACCUUUGCACCAGAUGCUCGUCAAUGGUCCGCAGACACAGAAAGAAAUUGCUUUCAUUCAGUCGUACGGACACGACUUGAAUAUCGCCCACGAGUGCUGCAGACGAUACCAGCUGACGAGGAACAACAAAGAACUAACACAGGCCUGGGAUCUGUAUUAUCAAGAGUACCAGUUCCUGUUGAAAGGUCACGAAGAUUUGAGGCAAGACGAGAGGGUCAUGCAGCUGUUCGGGCUGGUCAACUCAAUCCUACUGACCAAUCAGCAGAUACCCAAGAGGAAUUUAUCAAUCCACAGAUACGCCGUCAUACCGUUGUCGACAAACUCAGGCCUGAUUGGAUGGGUGCCGAAUUGCGAUACCCUCCACUCACUGAUUCGAGAUUAUCGGGAUCGGAAGAAGAUCCUACUUAAUAUAGAGCACAGGAUUAUGCUGCGGAUGUCUCAAGACUACGACCACCUCACGCUGAUGCAGAAGAUAGAAGUCUUCGAACAUGCCCUGGAGAACACGAACGGCGAUGACCUCGCGAAAAUUCUCUGGGUCAAAAGUCCGAGUUCAGAGAUAUGGUUCGACCGACGGACGAACUAUACACGUUCACUGGCCGUGAUGUCCAUGGUGGGAUAUAUUCUGGGACUGGGAGACAGGCAUCCCUCUAAUUUAAUGCUGGACCGAAUUUCCGGAAAAAUUAUGCACAUCGAUUUUGGAGACUGUUUUGAAGUGGCCAUGACCAGAGAGAAAUUUCCAGAGAAAAUUCCAUUCAGACUUACGAGAAUGCUCGUCAACGCUAUGGAAGUGACUGGAAUCGAGGGAAACUACAGGUUGACCUGCGAGAGAGUCAUGCGAGUGUUGAGGAGUCACAAGGACAGUCUGAUGGCCGUGCUGGAGGCCUUUGUUUACGAUCCUCUGCUUAAUUGGAGACUGAUGGAAGCUAACAUAAGGGAGCCAAAGAACUCGUCGAUUGCUGGCCCUUACAAUACGGCCAACGACUUAGACUUUUCUACCAUGGAACAUUCGUAUGCGAGCUUGAAGAGAGUGCAUGAAAGUUCUCUGGAAAUAAUUAUUGCAGCGGAGGGUGACGCACCCCCGGAGGAAUUAAACAAGAAGGCCCUCUCCAUAAUAAACAGGGUAAGGGAUAAGUUAACUGGAAAAGAUUUCAAUACGACGGACUCCAUCGACGUCCCAUCUCAAGUUAGCCAACUCAUAGAGCAAGCCACGCUUCACGAGAACCUUUGUCAGUGCUACAUUGGAUGGUGCCCGUUCUGGUAA